AUGCGGGGGUUGGACUGGCAAAUGCUAGUUGACGCUAUUAGUGUCUGGAUUGCGAGAGGUUGCUGGUUUAAAGACUCCCUUUACAUUCGUACAGAAACUAUGGUGACGGAGUUUUCCUUACGUUUUGCCCUUACUAGUGCUGAACAAGAAGAGCCUAAGGCGAAGCUCUUCAAUGGAUACUUCUUGGCGUUGGCCAAAGCUACUGGCAUCACCAACCCAAAACACAUUCCAAUUUUGAAGCAAGAUUUCUGGGUACAAGUUAAAGGACUACCCUUUGGAUAUAUUACUAGAACUGUGGGGAAGAUUAUCGAUGAUGCAUUGGGUGGAUACAUGAGUCUUGUACUUCGGCUCAACGGAGAACCCAUUGAAAUUGAUGUGAGGUACGAGAACCUACCUACUGCAUGUUAUCGCUAUGGGAUCAUUGGACACACUGAACUUUCGUGCCUCAUGCUAAAUGGGCAUGAGUAUCCCAGGUUGACAGGGAGACAAUUUGGUUUCCCUAGCUCCUCCGGGUGGUCUAGGCCUGCGCUGAAAGAGGAUGCCUCAUCCUCAGCAAUGGUGGAGGACAGUGGCAGUACUAAGUCAAGCAUGCCUAACCAACUUGCCACUAAUGCUUUACAAAAUCUGGAAGGUUUUCAAACAGAGGAAGCCUUAGCAUUGACUCAGCCUUUUCCUCGCCCCAGUCCUAAAAUUUCCAGGCCUAAAUGA